AUGAAUGGUAGGGCAAGAGGAGGAAGGAAGCUUCGGUCCAGAGCCACCCACUCCCAAGAGAUGCCUUCAGGAUACGGCAUAUCCAGAAGGCUCGCGGUACUGCAUCUCAAACUGGAUCAGCUUCAUUGUAGAAAAGCAGAGGAAGCUGAAAAGGAAAAUGGAGAAAUAAACGGAGAUUGGGGGUGGAGGAGGAUUCCCAGUUGA